UCAUAAUUUUAACAACAUUGAUUAUAUCGUAAUAGUUUGUAAAAUAUACUAAAUAAAUACUUUUAACAUUUAUCAUAAUAUCAAAAUGUAUAUUGUAUAAUGUACAUGAAACUUGAAUAUCAAGUGUACGACCGUCGUAACUCGUAAUUAAAAUUCGUCGAAUCGUUUGUCGUCAAUCGUAAUAAUAUUAUGAUUGAAUUUCUUACAAUAUUGUAAUAAUAAUACAAAUUUUAUAAUCUAAUAAAUACUUCUAACACUCCUAACAUUCAACUAGUUGGAGUGGUGGAUGAGAAAGUCUCCGCCAAGGAAAAAUAAUAAUUGAACAUUUAGGUGGUGCUGUUCCUAGUUCCUAUUUAGUUUUUGUGUGAAAAAUGGCUCUUGGACAUUCCGAACCGCAGUAUGAACUGUUAAAUGGAAAAAAGAAAUAUGUUCAACCGAUCAUACACUCAAUGGUAUUAAUUGGGUUGGCUGUUCUUGUGGUUUUUGUAGUAUUUCUGAUGUUCUAUGUAUCCUGGAUGACAUUUGAAGACUCCAAUGAUCAAAAUACACCUAUGGAUUUUGUUCUUUUUGGUCCCCAGAAAUAUACAAGUUCGUAUGUUGCUGCUUAUCGAGCUCAUUCAUUUGCUAUUGCUGCAAAAUCAAACUAUAAAACAUACUGGACUGCUAAGGAUAAAAUCAAUCUCAACAAACGAAUUGAAAAAACAUAUCAUUUGGCCUGUUAUUAUUCUAUACCAAUUGAUAAUACAACUAAAAGUCUUCAUCCUGCUCAAAUUAACGCUACUUUAUGUACUCAUUUAAUUGUAGCAUUUGCACAAGUUCAAAAUAAUAGUGUUUACUUCAAGAGCUCAUUUGAUAUGGAGAUUUUAAGACAAGUGGUAAAAUUACGUGAAAAAAAUCCGAAAUUAAAAGUAUUACUAUCUAUAGUCCAUUUCUCAAAUGGUUCACAUUCAAAUGAAGGUUUUCCUGGUGUUGUUUCAAAUAAAGAUAACUUAGACACAUUUGUCAGUAAUGUAGUAUCAGUAAUCAAUGAUUUUUACUUGGAUGGUAUUGAUAUAGACUGGGAAUUUCCAUCAUGGCCAUUGUUAAAUUUACAAGAAAAAUAUGGAUUUGCUAAGUUAUUGCAAACUUUACGUUAUCGUCUACCAGACUCUCUUUUAACUGCUGCUGUUGCUGCUCCAUUAAAUAUAAUUGAUAAUUCUUAUGAAAUUUAUUCUUUAGCAAGGUUUGUUGACUUUAUUAAUGUUAUGGCUUAUGAUUAUCAUUCAUACCAAUGGUACUUCCCAUUAACUGGGCCAAAUUCACCUUUGUUUUCUUCACGAAAUGAUACUGGAUACUUCCAGGAUUUAAAUAUUAAUUCUUCUAUACAAUAUUGGAUCUCAAAAGGUAUGCCUAAGGAAAAAAUUUUGCUUGGCAUGCCGACAUAUGGUCACUCUUUUAAAUUAAUAAAUGAAGCUAAUAAUGGUUUUAAUUCACCAACUUCUGGUCCUGGUAUUGGCAAGGACGGUUUUAUAACAUUUUCAGAAAUGUGUGAGUUUAAAUCUCAUCAAAACGCAACAACUAUUUUUGACCAUGAUACACGUACCCCAUAUUCGUAUCAUAAAAAUGAUUGGAUAUCUUUUGAUAAUGAAAAUAGUUUAGCAUACAAAGCAGAAUUUGCUGCUUCUUUAGGUUUAGGAGGAGCUAUGGUAUUUUCUUUAAAUACUGAUGAUUAUAGUGGUUCAAGUUUAUGUUCGUCAUCAGUAUUUCCAUUAACUUCUAGAAUAAAAAUAGUAUUAAAUGAUGAUGACUUAUAAUGAAAAUAAUAUUUAAUUAAAUACUAAAUAGUGAAAACAAUUUUAACUUUUUAAUAUUCAAACCCAAUAGUCAAUAUAAAAUAGUAUAUGCAUUUAAAAUACUGUAAUUUUCUCUUGAAAAUAGGGAUUAGAAGCACAUUCAAGCCUCUCCCCUCUAAAUUGUGUCUUUAUUGAUAAUAUACUUAACUAGUUAAAUUACUUACUUCUACUAACUACUUAACUAAAUAAUACAGACUGCAUAAUAAACUACUAAAUAUCAGAACUGUUUAAAAAAAAAACUAACUAACAUUUAUUUUGUUUUAUAACAUCAAUACUAUAAUAUAUUAUACAAAUUUAUAUUAAUUUAAAAUAAAAAAAAUAGUGUAAAGAAAAACAAAAAAAUAAUAUUUUUUGACAUCUUAGUUGUUUUAAAUUCAAUUUUGUUAUAUGUAUUUAAUAUAUAUAUAUGUAUAUAUUUGAUAUUUAUUAUUAAUAAUUAAAAAAAAAAAAUCAAUAAUUCAAUAAUCAAGGAUAAAUCUUAAUAAAGGGAAAACCAUUUGAAUAAUAGCAUAUGAUAACUAUUUGUUAUUAAAUAUAAGAAUUUUAGAUUAAGUAAAAAUAAAAACUUAAAUGGUAUGAAUAAAUUCACAUAAUCUAUCAUGUAAAUACAUUCCAUUUAUAUUAAUGUUAUAAAACAUGUUGAUAUCAACAAAAUGGUUCAUUAUUGAAAGGGACUUAGUUUUUUUUUAAACUUUAAAUUGAAGUUAUAACUUAAGCUUCUACAACUAGAGCUAUUAAAUGGUAAUAUUAAUAAAUAAAAGAGCUAAAAUUAUUUAAUGUUAAAAUAUAUUCUGUAGAAUGCACAAAUUAAAAAAAGUAAUAAUAUAUUAUCCCAGGGCCGGUGCAAGCAAAUUUUUAUAUGUAGGCAAAGAUCAAAAUUGUCGCCUCUUGUUUUAUUAUUUUUUCUUAUAUGCUGCCUCUAUAUAAAUAUAAAUUUCGCCACCGUAAGCUUGUGCCUACAUGGCCUACACCUAUAACCAGCCCUGGAUUAUCCUAAAUAAAAACUAGGUUCUUAGUUUUUGAUAGUAUUUAUUUUUAUUUUUUUUUAUGAAAUCUUAGUAAAUUUAAAAAUACAAAAAAAAAAAAUGUCAAUACUAAUAAUGUAGAAACCUUUAAAUCAAGUAGAUACUUUAUAAUCAAAAUUGUAUUGUUGAAGUGAUGACAUUUAGAUACUUCCAGUUUGUCAAGGCUAAUUAUUAAUUGGAUUUAAUUUUAAUUUUAAAAUAUUAACAUAUUUUAUUAUAAUUUUUUUUUUAAUUUCAUUAAUUUCCUCAAAUUAUUCUGUUUAACAAACUAACUGUUUAAUAACAUAUAUCAUUCCACCAAUCUUUCAAUCUUAAACAUUAAGAUAAGAAUAUGGAAUGUCCGAUAGUCUAACAUAGUAUAAUCUUUAUGUAUCAAGAAAUGCCAUACUCGCAUGUGUUAUUACUUAUUAGGUUUGUUAGUUUUGUCUUACUAAUGUACUACAUAUACAAUUUUACCUUCACAAUCUUUAUUUUGAAGCAAGUUAAGAUAAUUUUCAAAAAGUUCAAUUUUAAAAUAUUUAUAACUUACUUCAUAAAAUAUCAAUACAAACAUUCAAAAUUACUUAGAUAAUUAUCAUACUUUGAAAUUUUAUGAUAGGUUAAUUCACUCUGACAUUAAAAACUACGAACUAGUACAAAGUAAAGUAGAUUUUGUAGAUAAAAAAUGUUGUAUGUUGUAUGUUUGUAAGGUAAGGAUAUCAUAUAUUGGUGUGUUGUCCUUUUUAUUAAUAAUUUUGAAGUAUUUUGUGAUUGUUUAUUUUAUAUCUUUUCCAUUUAUAAUUUAUUAAUGUAAUAUUAAAUAUUAGUUAAUGUAGAUUAUUUAUUUAUUAUAUAUGAUAGACAAUUAAAUAUUAUGAAAACUUAAAUAAUUUAUUUUUCAGAUUAAAUUUAUUAUUAUUAUUUAUAAACUAAAUUAAUAUGUUUACUAUUGUUAAAUAAAUAAUUUAACAUACAUAUAAGUGUUAUUUUUGUUAUUAGUUAAUUGAAGUUAUUGGUUGAAGUGUAAUGGAAUAAUAUAUUAAUAUUUUAAAUUUUUGAAUAAAAAGACUAAAAUUAUAUGUUGGAAAUAUUAAGAAUACCACUUAUACCAAUUCUAUUAAAUUGUUAUUGCAAUUAUAUAUAUUUAUAUUUUUUUAGUUUUUUAUGUAUUAUAUUAUAAUAUAAUUUUAUUAAAUUGUGCUGUAUACUGCAUUUGUAACUUGUAUUAAGUAUUAAUCAUAAUUAAAUAAUGAUAAUGACUUACAAGCUGAAUUUAAUAAUAUUAUUUCAAGAUAUUUGUAUUCCAUAGUGAUAAUAGUAUAGCAAUAUAGUAUUUAGUAAAUCAUUCAGCUUUAGUUUUAAUUAUUUUUAUUAUUAUUGUAAUAUUGUUGUUUAUUUCAUUUAAUCAAACUGUACUUUUGUUAUAAAAUUAUUUUUAAAAAGCGGUCAAGUAAAUUACUGUAAUGAUGUGUAAAAUUGAAAUUCUAUGAUAAUUCAUUGCAUACAAUAAAAGAUUCUAAGUUGAGUAUA